AUGGCAGAACUACAGCGGAUUGUUGACGAGAGAGACUCGGUAGCCUUGAACAAUGUGAUGUCCAAGAUGCAAAUGUACAAUGGACAAGUCUUGGGAUCGGAUGCCUACUUCUUCAGAAAUAGAAAACAGUUAGAGGCGUUGAUGCAAGCUGAAGGGAUGCCAACGCUGUGGUUCACCUUUAUGGCAGCUGACAAUCAUUGGUUUGACGUACAUGCUUUUGGAGACAACAUGGGAGAGGGAUUGACUGAGAUGUGA